GCAGGAACGCCCUCCUCUCCACACACCUCCUGGGGACAGACAGGCAGGGAGACAGACAGGCAGACAGACAGACAGACAGACAGACAGACAGGCAGGCAGGCAGGCAGGCAGGCAGAGAGGCAGGCAAGCAAGCAGGCAGGCAGGCAAGCAGAUAAACAGACAGGCAGACCGACAGAAAAGUACAGACAGAAUCAGAGACAGCAGAUAAAACAGUAAACGUUAUGUUUGUACAGCUCUACACAGAAACAAACCAUAGCGUUCAAUCCAGAUAGCGACAGAUGACACUGAACUACACUGGUAGCAGACUUCAGUGCACCAACAGAACGCCGCCCCCCCCCCCCCCCCCCCCCCCGCUAACUCACUGCAAUCUUGCCACUUUGAGAUACCCAUUGGAAACAAUAAAUUAUUUAAAAUCAGUUAGGAUUGAACGGUCAACUCAUUAAAACUCACUGCAGUCUGGGUAGCGAGCCGGUGCAAGCUAAAGCUUGCUAGGUAAAUCUGUAGCUAGUAGGCUAUUGUUUGGUAUUCGGUACGGUUUCUGGAAAAUAUCCGUAAACUAACCUGCACAAUUUGAUUGUCCAUGUUUUCAUGUAAAGUUCCACUUAAAGACAUGCUCGUUUUUAAGGGCGUUUCAUGUGUGUAGUAUUCUAUCGGCGAUGGUUUCCAGGGGCUAUCUCGCCAGCGACAUUACUUGGUUGAGACGUGGAACAAAAAGCACGCUAGCUGUAGCGGAACACCGGAAGAUCAGAAGUGACGGACUCACUUCCGCUCUUUUCAGUGAAACACGUAAACACCUAAGGAAUCCGAUAACGAUUUCUUCAAGUUAAGUUGUUCACUUUAGAGGAAAUAAAAUUAUUUAUUGAGGCUGGCUUCACAUUGAUCCGCUGGAAUAACUAAGUAAUAGUUUACACAGACUGUCAACGAAUUAUUUGUAGUACUGUGUCUGUGACCAUAUUAUAUAUAGCCCUAUGUGUGAUCAUAUUAAGACGAUGAAAGCUGUCAUUCUUGCCGCGGGAUAUGGAACGAGGUUGCAAAGAGAUGUCGAAAACAGCACCUGCGGAAGAUUUAGCCACCUGUCUGGCAUUUCCAAACCAUUGCUUCCUGUGGGCAACUCUUCAUUGAUAUCAUACUGGGUUAAUGCGUUGACUGCCACUGAAUGUGUGGAUACGAUUUACGUGAUUACAAAUGCCCUGCACCAAGAGAAAUUUCAGGAGUGGGCCAAAGAUUUCGACAACGUUAAAAUCCUCAGUGAUGGAACAAGAAGCAAUGAAGAGCGUCUUGGUGCAGUGUCCUGCCUUCAACUGUCUGUGAAGAACUUCAUGAUAAAGGAUCAUGUGGUCGUUAUUGGAGGUGACACUCUCUUUAAGGAAGAUUUCAGCCUCAACAAAGUAAAGGAGAAGUUUUGUGAACUUCAAGCAAAGAGUGAGGACAGCAAUAUGGUACUUUCUUACCAGUGCAAAGAUGAGGACACCUCUAAGUAUGGCAUAUUGGAGGUGGAUGAAGACCUCCGGGUGCUGUGCAUGAAGGAGAAACCACUGUUCUCUGAGACAACAUCGAGGAGGGCAUGUCCCUGUUUCUAUAUUCUGUCCCAAACAAGUCUUCCUCUUCUAGAUGACUUUCUGGAUGCAUUUAAGGAAUCUGCCAUUGAAGAGAAGGACGCACCUGGAAAUUUCUUGUCUUGGCUCAUUCCAAGAAAACCUGUGUACACUUAUGAGAUCGAUGGCCGUUUUGAUGUUGGAAACCUGCAAUCCUAUGUUGAAUGUGAUCUGUAUUUUAAAGAACUUCACGAUGUGAAGUCAUACAUGAUAUAGUAAACUGCAAAAUACAUUGACUGGGUCAGUACAACAGAACUUUUUUCUGUAGCGUUAUAAUCAUUAAAAACAUUGAUCAAACUUCCUGCCUAUAUUCCAGCUAUAUUACCUUUGAACAUUCUAGAGAUAAAUUUGAUUCCAAAAUGUGUUUUGCAAUUCAUACAUGUUUGAUAAACGACUUCACUUAACUAAAAAUAAAUUUCACUUUAUCCAAAGUGACUGUCCCAAUUAUUUUAGCUCCAUUAUCAUACUGUUAAUAUUGUUUAUAUUGAUGAGAUCACUAGAUCUAAAAGUUGUUUUUGGGGUAAUGGGGCAUUAAGUUACUUGGCUAACCCUUUAAAUACCGUAUUUACAGUAAGUCCGGCUGGAGCUGCGUUCUAUUAGCGCACGGUCAAGUCUCGUUUUGUACAAAACUAUUUGUUCCAGAAAUGUUACACACCACACUGGUCAGGACAAGUGAUCAGAGUAGCAUAUUGGUUGCAU